CACUGUUUUAGAGAGAGAGAGAGAGAGAGAGAGAGAGAGAGAGAGAAGGAGAGGUUUCUGUGCUUAUUUUUAAUGCCCUCUCCAUUUAGUUAGAGAUCAUUUUCAAUACAAAACCACACAGAGAAUCUGUAGAGAGAGAGACAGAGAGAGAAGAGAAAAUGUCUUGAAUUUUUCUUUUAUUCUGUUCUAAUUCUUUUAUUAAUUUUUCUCUGAAUUCUCCGAUCUUUGUUUUGCAAUUCUCAAGGAAAACCAGAGCAUAUAAUUAUUUGUUUCUCUGUACAUACUUUGUAGAUUUUUUUUUUGAAUCUGAAGAUCGUUUCUUUGAGUGAAGGAAUGUGGGCAGUGUAAUUGUCAUGUAUGCUUAAGAUAUGGUGGUGAAGAAGAGGCAAGAUUAUGGUUUCAGUGGCUUCUAUGUUCCCUUCAUACCUAGGGCACCUAGAUCAGCUAGACGGAGGGGUCUGCAUAAAAAGAAAGUUGAUGAUACUCAAAUUUGUGCAUUUGAAUUACUGGCUUCUUUAGCUGGAAAACUAUUGCAGGAGAGUGAAAGUUCUGCUUCUAGUAGUGCAUCCGAAACAAAUGAUCAGCCUGCAAUUGGUGAUGAUGUUAUUAAACAGGAGCGAGAUGAAAAAAAACUGCUGAAAACUGAGUGCCUUGAUCAGGGAAGCUGUGAAGAAAGUGUUUUUAUCCCCGAGUUUGCCCCAUCAAACAAUGAUAAAAAGUGCCUCCUGAAGAAAUCCCAACAUGCUGAGAGUGAUUCCAUUCUGGUGCGCUCCUCCAUAAUCACAAAUUCAGAUUACUCAGAGAAAAUUAGCAGUAAUAUGAAGUCUGUGAUUAGCAAAAGCAAGACUUCAUGUGAUAAUUUCCUGUCUAAAGUAGAGGGAGGCUUUCCUCGUGCUGGGGAACAUAGUGAUGAUUUUGUGGAAAAUGGAUUCAGCACACAGCGAGAGGCUGAUGGUAUUGAGACUGGAGGUUUGACUACUGAUAACACAUUCAAUUUAAAGGAUCCCAUGGACUUGUGUACAAAAUUUCCAGCACUGAUCAAUUCAGAUAAUAAUGUCAAGUUUCCAUCAUGCAGGAACCCUGUUCCUAAUGCCUCUAUUUUAAGGCUUAGGAAUGAUAGUAAAUUAGGUAUUAGAGAUGACGAUGAAAAUUUUUCUAGGUGUAAUAAACCUGGCACCAAGCCAAGGGCAUUUAGGUAUCCAUCCCAUAUUGGGGACCGAAGAAUAAGGAAAUUAUUGACAUCUAAAUACUGGAAAGUAGCUCCAAAAUUGAAGGAUUGUGAUCAAUCGAAAGUUGGUUUUUUAGAUGGGGGAAUGAGGCCUCUUUAUCGCAAGCGGAAGAUAUGUUACAGUCGUGAAAAAUAUCAACACGACACUCUUUACAAGAGGAGGAAGUUUUCUGACCAUAGCUUAGUUAUGACUUCUGAUGGAGGGUUCAGCAGCGAGAGUGUUUGUAAUUCUCCAGAAAAGGGCAUAAAUGUAGACAAAAAUGGCCCCGCUACAAUGUUUCAUGGAGCAAAUGGGGUAAAAUCAAUGUCAUCAUCAAUUAUAGGCCAUCAAGCUUCUUUCCAUUCCAAGGAUUCUCAUGUGAAGUUCAGCAUUAAGUCCUUCAGGAUACCAGAGCUUUUAAUUGAGGUCCCCAAAACUGCAACUGUUGGUUCACUGAAGAGGACAGUUAUGGAGUCUGUGACCGCUAUACUUGGAAGUGGUUUAUGUGUUGGAGUGCUUCUUCAUGGAAAGAAGGUUAGGGAUGAUAACAGAACCUUAUUACAGACUGGUAUCAGUUCUAAAGAGAACCUUGAUACUUUGGGUUUCACAUUGGAACCUAGUCCUGUGCAAGCUCCUCCAACUGUGUGCACUGAAGAUCCUCCUAUUCCAUUAACAUGUGACACAUCUCAACUUUCACCAAGGCCCCCAGCUGCUCCUGUUUUAGAUAUGUGGAUUUCUGAUGCCUCACGUGACCCUUCUCCACUGACUAAUUCAAGCAAUAACAUUGACAGUAAUCACGAAUCAGUUUCCUCCCAUACUGACAAAUUAGCUGACAAAAGACUGUCAGAGUCUAGAGCUCUGGUUGCAGUUCCACCUGCGAGUGUUGAGGCACUUGCUAUUGUUCCUGUUAACCAGAAAGCUAGGCGACCUGAACUUGUACAGCGUCGAACCAGGAGACCGUUCUCUGUGUCAGAAGUAGAAGCACUUGUGCGGGCAGUUGAGGAACUUGGAACUGGAAGGUGGCGCGAUGUUAAGUUACGAUCUUUUGAACAUGCAGACCAUCGAACUUAUGUGGACUUGAAGGAUAAAUGGAAGACAUUGGUUCACACGGCUAAGAUUGCCCCUCAGCAAAGAAGGGGUGAACCUGUGCCUCAGGAGGUGUUAGACAGGGUCUUGGCUGCUCACGCAUACUGGUCUCAGCAUCAAGCUAAGCAACAUAGUAAGAAUCAGGGUACAGUUGUGAAGAUCACCGAGGCCCAUGGUGGUAGAAAUGGAGUUGAAGGUGAAAUUCACUUGUUAUGAUGUAAAAAGAAAGGAACUUGUUGACAGUAACAGGGAAGAAGAAACUUGUACAAAUGAUUCAAAUUUGUGUAAUAAUUGUCACACUCACAUGAUUUAUUGCCACCUGGCCAACGUGCUGGGGAUUGGCUUUUGUAAAUGACUGGAUGGAAUAAAGAACAGUCUAACAAAAAUUUAGAGUUAUUUUUUUU